AUUGUCAAAAGUCAAAGUUAUCGAUAUUGAUUGAUUGGCGCCAUUAUUUAUCCGAAUUUUCCUAAGUUAUUACAAUAUUCUGUUUUUGUGCUGCUCGUGUGAAUAUUGCAUAUACUAACAUAAUGGUAUACAAAAAGUGUUGUGUUGGUGGUUGCAAUACAACACAUGAAACGCACCGGCUUUUCAGCUUCCCUAGGAACGAUAAUUUAAGAAAUUUAUGGAUGUCUUUCAUAGUGCCGACAAAUCCCCAGCUCAUUGCACUUUCCAAAGAACAGUUACUUAACAAACAUGUCUGUGAAAAACAUUUUGAUAUAUUUCAGUUCGACAAUGAAGGUAGAAGACUUCGAUACUCUUACCCGUCCUUGCUUACUGACAAUGAAAUAGCUCAUGGUGUGCCUCUAAUUGCAACAGGAUGGGAUGUCACAACUGAACAUAAUUAUUGUAAAGUGCAAGAUGACGAUGAUUUCACAGAAGCUGUGGUAGUGAUUAGAAAGCCUGGAAGUGAUGUUACGAUUGAACACAAUUACUGCAAAGAGCAAAAUGAUUGUUCCAAAUCAUCGGUAGAGAUUGGAUCAUCAGAUGUUGGAAAUUCUCAUGAACAGCCUUCAUGUUCAAAUUUUUCAACUGUUGCAACAGUUGUAGAAAAUAAAGAUACAUUCCUGGAGCAACCUCCAAGUGCAAGUACCAAAGGCAUGGAGAUAGAUGUUCUCGAAGAACUCGUAGGUUCGGUGAAGAAAAUAGUAUCAAGGAAAAGAAAAUUGGUUAAAAUUUUGACUAAUAUUGCAACUGAAACUUUAAGUGACUCAGUAUCACAAAGACUUGAUCAAGCCCAAUCCCUAUCAAGAAAUAAAGACCUUUUGGAAAACUUUUAUUUGUUAAACAAACAAGCGCAGACUUUCUUGUUUAUGCAAUUAAAACAAAUUCAUAAAAGCAAAAUGGCCAGAAGGUUUACCUUAGAUGAAAAAUUAAUAGCGUUGCUCAUAAUGAAACAAAGCUCCAAAAGUUAUAAACUAUUAGAAAAAAUGUUUGCCUUGCCUAGUAAACGGACAUUAAAUAGACUUUCUGAGAAGGUUUCAAUACAACCAGGACUCAAUCCAUUAAUAUUUGAACAUAUAUCAAAUACAACCAAAAAAUGGGACACUAAACAAAAGCUAUGUACAAUCGUUUUUGACGAAGUCUCUCUAACACCACAUUUAACUUUUAAUGAAAAAGAUGAUAUAAUUAAUGGGUUUGUAGAUAUAGCUGGAGAGAGAAAACUGAAAUAUUGUGAUCAUGCUUUAGUUUUUAUGCUAAGAGGAAUAUGCUCUCCAUGGAGACAGAGUGUAGCAUUUUAUUUCUGUGAAGGCACAGUAUCAGCAGCAGAGCUGCAAUGCAUUUUAAAACAGAUUGUGCCCCAAGUGAUACGAACUGGGUUAAUACCUUUAGGUCUUGUUUGUGACCAAGGGUCCACAUUUCGAACAGCAAUAAGAAGACUUAGGGAAGAUACAAUUCGUAGGCGGAAUAUUCAAGGUGUUCAUGAUGAUGGAUCGGUUAAUAUUGCUGAUCACGAUUUAAGCAUAUUUUUUGACCCACCUCAUCUCUUAAAGGGUUUAAGGAAUAAUUUUUUAAAUAAAGAUAUAAUUUGGGAAGAAAAAACUGCCUCUUGGAAAGACAUUGAGUUCAUUUUUGAUUUGGAUAGCAAAUUGGGGCACACAAGGGCACUACCAAAGUUAACGGCUCAUCAUGUUGAUCGCCAAAAGAUCAAAAAAAUGAAGGUCAGCGUAGCUGCUCAAGUAUUUAGUGCUCGAACUGCUGCUAUGCUCAAAUAUACAAAUGCACUCAAUUAUUUUCAUACUGCAAACUCUGACGCAACAAUGGCCACAACAGCAGAAGUUGUUGAAUUCUUCGACACACUGUUUGACAGCGUCAAUGGCUACCCGGGUGGUGUGCAAAGAGGAAAGUUAAGACGAGCGGUCAAACAAAAUUCACAACAUCACACUUUUUGGAUUGAGGCCAUUAAUAAAAUUAAAAAAAUGGUUUUUGUAGACACCAGUAGCAAACAUGCUACAAAAGCAGAAAAACCUCGACUUGUGCGAGUGCCAUCCCAACAAGGAUGGAUUGCAACUCUUGAAAGUUUUAUAAGGGUCUCCAAAUUGUUAUUUGAACAGUAUAAUGUAGAAUAUUAUUAUCCGAGGAAUAUUAGAAAAUUUUUUUGGCCGUAUAAGAGCUAUAAAUUAUAGAAAUGUUAACCCAGAUGCAAACACAUUUAUAUAUGCCUUUAAAUCUUUGAUGUUAUCUAACAUGCUUAGUCCACAUUCCAAAUUCUCUAACUGUGAAGAGGAUAAUGGAGAAACAUUAUUAAAUGUUAGUCUUCUUUUUAAAAACCUUCAUAAUAAUAAAGAAAAUGACUCGGAAAACACUGUCAGUAUUUCGCGAGAUCUCCCAUCUUCUUCACAAGCAAGUUCAAGAGAAAAGUUGCUGGUGAAUGAUGUAGUCAUGGAAAAAAUCAAAGUCCACUGCUCAGCUUACACUGCUGGAUACAUUUGUCGGAAAAUAACGAGAGCGAUUCGUUGUAAGGAUUGCAUCAAAACAUAUAUUAGCAGUACGGAGACAAACAUUCACUCUUACAUUAAAUUUAGAGAGUAUAAAUUGUUAAAAAAUAAUAAUUUGGCAUACCCUAACGAAAAAUUCCUUAUCUUGUACAGGGAUGGUACUCACUUUAUUCAUAACUAUUUGAAUUAUAGCUGUAUUGGAAGUAAUAUAAAAAGUAAUUUGAAAAGAAAAAUAUUGAGCACUUUGAGUUUUUCCUGCCUAGGGUGUGAUAAGCAUGCCUUAAUUGUAAAAAACUUUUUCACCAAUAUUUUAAUUAGAUUACAUGGACACAAUUGGUGCAACAUAAACAAUAAAAUAUUGAAGGGUGAUAUUGAUGAAAAAUAUGUAUCUAAAAUGGGUGAACCCCAAAAAUUGGCCUUAAAGAAGUAUAAAAGUCUUAGGUUAAGAAAAAAAUGUUUAAGUAAAUAAAAUGUUGAUGAAGUGACGACCUGGACAUGCAGGUGGCUUAGGACCGUGCUUUGUGACAUUUCUUGGGGGAGGCCUACGUUUAGCAGUGGACUUGUGAAGCGCUGUAAUGAUGACGGUGGUUAAAUAGAAUGUUCGGAUUCCUGAAACGUAAACUCUGUUUCAGGUCCCCGCAAACCAAGUAUAUAACGAGGCGAUAUUGCGAAUAGCUAUGUUGUGUGUGCCGGACAGGUACGUGUGGUGCCGGAAGCGGCCCCCACCAUUCGAGACACCGCGCGCACGUACCUUCCAAACGAGGCCCACUGACCCGAGUGCUGCACACUAAAUAAAGUAGCUCAGGAUGUAGAUUUAUUCUGCUGUUCCUUGGGUGAAUUUACCUAAGUGACAUUAUAUUAUGUAUUAUGUUAUAAUAGUAGAUAAGUUGUGUUCUGUCCUUAUUAAAUUAGAUAGUUUUAUAUGCCUACGCUGUCGUAUUAGGUACGCCUGUAAAGACAGAGGUAGAAAUAAAUAAAUAAAUAAAUAAAGUUACUCCCUAAAAAUCUCUGGUCUGUAGCAACCUAGAAUAUGCUUCUAUAGCGCGGAGUCGAUUUUAUGCUAUAUUACGCUAUUAGCAUCUUGAGCAUACUUGUUAUUUUUAAUGUUGAUGUCGAUAUUUGUUUAUUUUUCAGAUGCUUAUCAUGGAACAACCUCCAAGUGAAAGUACCAACACCAAGGAGAUAAAUGUUCUUUUUAAAAGUAAUUUAUGUUACCAUAUAACUUAGUUAUAUGAUAAUAUAGAUUACUUUUUAAUUACGAUUAUACUAAACUGUCGUUAACAGUAGCCAUACAGAGUUAAUACAUACAAUAUAGAUGUAUACAUUAUAUAUUUAUUCUUUAAUUUUGGGUUUAUGUAUAAGAGCAUAAAAUUCACAAAUAUUGUUUGUUUUCAGGAAUAGAAAUCUGAUGUGAAAAGCUGAUGUGGUGAGACAAAUGUUGCCAGAAGAUACAAAAUGUACACAUUGGCAAAAUGGUUACGUGGUGAAGAAAAUGAAAUAAAAGAAGAGAUGUUAAAAUUUAAAAAAAAGGUUGUAACUUGUAGGUGAACAAUCCUCACAAAGACUUGCUUAAUGUCCAAUCUAUUUUAAAACUGUAGAGAACUAUUUGAAAACCUUUAUUUUAUGUUAAACAAAUAACUUUCUUAUUAAUACAAUUAAAAUAAUUUUGUAAAAAAAAUGGCCAGGCCAAAAAAGUAACUUGAAAAGUAAAAUAUUAAGCACUUAAAUAUGAUUCAUGUGGUUUAAUUUGCUUUAUUUAAUGAACUAUAAAUAUUGCUCUGUUUCUCGUCAAAUUGUACUUAUUUAUGCACAAUGUUAUGUACGAUUUUCUAAUUUGUUUAUAUAACUUAAUGUGCCUUUAAUUUAAUCCUAAAAUUACGUAUGUAUAUGAUGUAGGUGUGCUUGAAUAAAAAAUAAAUGUUGAUGUAU